ACGAGAUGGAUUGUGUCCCAGCUCUGCACGGAUACUCAACAAACACCCUGAAGUUUAUGCCGGACACCUGUGAAUUCUUUACGGAGACGCAAAAUGAGGCAGUUACCCAGGACCCCGACGAUCUGAUUGAUAUUCCGAGCCCCUCACCCCCGCCCUCGGAGUACGACUUCUACUCGGAUCCAGACGAUGCCUUCCCAUCAUUCACUGCUCAGGAUCCCACCGAACCAGAGGACGACUACUUCAUGGAGGAAUUCCCAUCGCAGACUCCAGAGGGCGCCCUUGCUCCGAGGCAUUCGCUUGAAGAGAUGAGGAUUAAUCAAGAAUCAGCUGGAUCCUUCAGUGGCGAUAGAGAAACAGAAACGCCAGCAGCUGCUGACUCAAAAGCUUGCUUUUCUCAUGAUGAGAACUUCUACACCAGUCACCCAUCGAUGCAGCCAUUACCUUCAGAGAUUUCAGUGGCUAGUCUACAGGAACGGCUCAACAGCCUAAAGCAACUGAUGUUUGGCGUCAUGGAGCAGAUAUGCGACAACGUAGACACUGCCUUAGUCUCACCAACAGAGGGCGACAGACUGGAUCACGUCAAACCUCUAUUAUCACUCAGGAAACGAAUGAAAGCCAAACAGAAGCAAGCCGAGGCCAAGCUUAGACAACUCAGCACGGGAACCAAUCGCCAGACUUCAACAAGCCCGGUUACCAACCAAGAAUCCGCGAUCCCCAUCAUCCAUGCGAGGUCGCGACCCCGACCCCGACCCUGACGCCAAC